AUGAAUAUGGUAAACUGGGAGGAGAUGAGCUACGAUAACAGCCUGACGAUGAUCUACCGCCGCAUGACUCUCGCACACACCUGGCAGCUGGAGGCCCAACAGGGGACGCGCAACCUCUUGAACGGCCAGAUGCCGAAGGACUGGCCUCCUCCAGCCGUUGCUGGCGGGAAGGUCUGGUACCCGGACACCCCUCAGCGCCACAUCCGUUCCCCGGCCCACCUCCCCGGCCCCCUGACAAUCUACUCCAACUACGAGCCCCACUGGGUGCAGAACAUCCGGCUCCUCACGGACGUGUUCCCGGCACUCCAGGAGCUCUACCUCGUCGACUUGAACGGCUUCGACACGGGAGACGAUGCCCUGCGCGAGAAGAUGCACCGUUACCUCGACACGCACCACGACGGUUCCCCCUGCGGCAGGUGCGAGCGUAGACAUCCCGGCAGGCCCAAGACCUGGGGCGGCCUGGAAGAGAUAGAGUUUGUUGAGGUGCGGCCAUGUGCCGCGUCGGAGCUGGAAAUUGGUCUCGGGGCGUUUGAUACCCAUCGUUUCUUCGCCCAUCAUUCGUGGCCGUCGACGGAUGUCAACGGGAGAAUGUGGAAGAGGCCCAUGCCGCAGUUCAAACUGGUCGUGCCUAUCCUGCGGCGGCGGUAG